AUGGCUCCAAUUGAGGCGUUGUAUGACAGACCUUGUAGGUCUUCAGUCUGUUGGAUUGAGAUGGGCAAGACAGCCGCCUUAGGACCCGACAUUGUAGUCAAGACCACGGAGAAAAUUAAGUUAAUGGGACAGAGGUUGCUCACAGCUCAGAGCCGACAGAAGAGCUAUGCAGAUAAGCAGAGGCGGCCAUUAUUAUUUGAGAUAGACAGGGUUCAUAAUGUUUUUCAUGUGUCGAUGCUACAAAAGUAUGAACCAGAUCCGUCUCACAUUUUGGAUUGGAUUGAUGUGACUAUUGAUGAGAAUGUUUCCUACGAAGAGGGACCAGUUCAGAUUCUUAACGCAUGGCAGAAGGUGUUAAGGGAUAAGAUGAAACCGUUAGUGAAGGUUCUUUUUUGA